GUACUGCAGAUACCAAUGACAUCAAAAGGAAAGAAAAACUACACAUGCGUGCCCGCCUCCACACAUUGACAGGAAACCAGAAGAAAGUUUCCGAAUCCUGUUUCCAGCAGCAUCCCUUGAGACUGCCCUGCAGCGUGCUUUUGAAGGCAGGCGCCCUACCUUAAAACUAGGAGCAGCUGCUUGACUCCUACUACGAUGGAAACAGAAAGAAUCAUCACCCCGGACCCGGGAGGCAGAAGGCCGCGGCCACCUGUGAGGCCCAGGGACGUCCUGCCGUGAUCCCUUUUCUCUCCGAUGCCCUCCUUCCUUCAGGGCAAUGACGACACCGUGUUCCCCCCCAGCAAGGAGGAACCACGCGGCCCGGCAGAGGACACGGCCCCUGACUUCCCGGGGGGACAAGCCACGCUCCCCCCAGCCCCCGGGCCCCGGGCCGAAGGGAGGCUGGAGUCCCGCGGUGGCCGGCCUCCUCCCCAGCAGAGUUCAGGGGCGGAGCGUGGAUCCGGGAAGAGCGACGCCGACCAGGCGAACGCCCCGCGGGCAGGCUCGGGCUCGGGCUCGGGCUCGGGCUCCGGGGACGCGAGGAGAGAGGGCGGGAGCGGGGCCGGGACGCGGAGUGGCCGUGGAGAUGCCCGCCCUCGGCACCGCGGAAUAAAGGCAGGAAAGGGAGGCCGGCGCUCCCGCCUCCCGCCUCCCGCCCCCCGCCCCCCGCCCUGCCCCGGCGGAGCGAGGAGGCACCGGGUCCGCCGGCCUUCGGACCCCGUCGCGCGCCCCGAGCGGAGGGCUGGGUCGCGGGGAAGCUCCGUGCCGGGCCCGGCGACAUGCAAGGAGCGGGGAAGGCGCAGCGGCGUGCGGGGCUCCGCGGCCCUCGGGCAGCAAGUGGCGAGCGACGGCGCGGGGGCGAGCGGGCUCGGGCCGCCCAGCCACGGCGCACCGGCUCGGUCCGCGGGCGUGGCCGGCUCCGGCCCUGGCGGCGGCGGCGGGGCCUCCGGAGCUCCCGCCCCUCCGCCCUCCGCCCUCCCUCCGCCCCUCCCGCCGGCCAGGCCCCCGGGCCGCCGCCCCGGACCCCGAGGGGACGCGGAGGAGGAAGGGGGAGCCCCGGCACUGACCCGCCGCAGCGGCCGCCGCUGCCCUGGCUCGGCCGCCCCGCGCCCCGCGCCCCGCGCCCCGCGCCCCGCGGCCGGCCCGGGCUGCCCGCGCCUCACUCACCCCGCGGCCCGGCGGCGUCGGCCCCGCCCCCCGCGACUUUCCGGAGUCCGCUUAAAGCAGCCGCGCAGAGGACCGCGGUGGGCGCUGAGGACCGGGGGGAGGAGCGCGGUGCAGGGGCCCUGCGGAGCGCGGGCGGGAGGCUGCGGAGGGCGGAAAGCGCACGGGGAGGGGCCCGAAGAUGCCGGAGGAGUCGCGGCUUGGAGGGAGCGCGCGCGCUGUGUGGGUAAGUGCCAGGCUCCGUGCGAGGCGCAGGGGCCCUCGCGAAGCUUGAACCCCAGCGGGGCGGGAGGGGAGACGGGCAGCCAGACGACGGCGAUGGCAGGUCCUGCUAAGCAGCGUGGAGAGAGGCGACGCCGGGCGUGCGGUGGCUCCGUAGCGGGCCGGAUGCUGCCCCGCAGAGGAGGCCUGGGAGCGCGCGUCCUACCGUGUGAUGAGAAGGAACAGGCUUCGCAGACACCUGUGCUGGGUUGCAGGAGCAGCGAGAAGCCGGCAGGGCUGAAUGGAACCAGCUACCCCGAAAGCAGCGGCGGUUAACCUGGGAGAGGCGUGGAGGGACCAGAUCCGGCGCAGCCGCGUGGGUGGGCUCCUGGAAGAGCAACUAAAAGCCGGGGCGGGGGGGGGGGGGCGCAGAGGAACGACCACGCCUGAUCCACAGUUGUAAUAAUUACCCUUGGGCAGCCCCGGUGGCCCAGCGGUUUAGCGCCGCCUGCAGCCCAGGGCCUGGUCCUGGAGACCCGGGGUCGAGUCCCGCGUCGGGCUCCCUGCAGGGAGCCUGCUUCU